CAAAAUCCAAAUACGAAAGAUUACAUUAUGGUUCUUGAAUAUGCAGAAGGUGGAAAUUUUAAUAAUUAUUUAGAUAAAAACUAUGAAAAUUUUGAUUGGUUUAAUGGAUUAAAAGUAUUAACUAAUAUUAUUAAGGGUCUUAGUGAAAUUCAUCAAAAACAGAUGGUUCAUCGGGAUUUUCAUGUAGGAAAUAUAUUAUUUAUUAAAACUUUAACAUACUCAUAUUCUUACGAUCCUCACAAAUAUGAUGCAUGUAUUUCUGAUAUGGGAUUAUGUAAAAAAAUUGAUGAUAUUAAUGAUACAAGUAUUUAUGGAGUUAUGCCUUAUGUAGCUCCUGAAGUGUUAAGAGGAAAAACUUAUACUCAAGCAGCAGAUGUAUAUAGCUUUGGUAUGAUUAUGUAUGUUGUAGCAACUGGACAACAACCUUUUAUUGAUUGUGCUCAUGAUGGAGUUUUAGCACUAAGUAUAUAUAACGAGAUUAGACCUGAAAUAAAUGAAAAAAUUAUACCAAAAUGUUAUGUUGAUUUAAUGAAAAGAUGUUGGGAUUCAAAUCCAGACAAUAGACCAAAUUCUAUUGAAAUAAAUGAAUUGAUUAAUCUAUUUUAUUAUUCGUUAGAUCAACAAUUUGAAAAAAAAUUUAUGAGCUUUAAUCAUUUUACAAAUGAAUGA